AGUGGGUCGCACGGUCGGUUUAUUGCCGGGUGUGCACUCUCCGGCAUGCGCGAGGUUUAAACGAUGAAUAUUAUUAGUGUUGGUUUAGAAGUAGAAUCUUAGCUUACAUAAUUACUAAAACACUAAUGUGAAUACAGAUCGAGUUUUUUGAUAGAAUUAUUUUUACCUGACCACUGAUAAAGCAAUAAGUGCAAGCUGAAUCGCCGCCCUUGCGUACCUACCUAACUAGUUUGGCGUUUUUGUGUUUACACUGCGAAAUACAUGAAUUUCUAAUAGUUUUCCUUGUUUUAAUUUAUUCAAGCAGGAAUGUCGCGAAGGCGGUUGAUAGCGGCCGGCACGGCGGGGGUGGCGGGGGUGGCGGGCGCCGCCCUGGCGGCUUGGACGCUGGUCGCUGACGAUGCCACACCGGCAUGGUACAAACCGGCAGUGGUGGCUAAGACAGAACGCAAAAAGCGUCCGUUGCCAUCACGCGCGGAGCAGGUGGCUAACCUGCAGGCGGGACACACGUACGACGUGCUUAUCAUUGGAGGCGGCGCCACCGGCGCAGGAUGCGCGCUCGAUGCCACUACAAGAGGUCUACGCACGGCGCUGGUGGAGCGGGAUGACUUCGCCAGCGGCACAUCGAGUAGAAGUACGAAACUGAUUCACGGAGGCGUCCGAUAUCUACAGAAGGCUAUCAUGCAAUUGGACUACGACCAGUACAAGAUGGUAAAGGAGGCGCUGCACGAGCGCGCUAACAUGCUCGAGGUGGCGCCACACCUCACGCGCCCGCUGCCCAUCCUUCUACCGGUUUAUAAAUGGUGGCAAGUUCCAUACUACUGGUUCGGAAUAAAGAUGUACGAUUUCGUAGCGGGCGACAGGAACGUAAAGAGCUCCUACUACUUAUCGAAAAAGAAUACUCUAGAAUUAUUUCCCAUGUUGAAGUCGGACAAUCUGUGCGGCGGCAUCGUAUAUUACGACGGUCAGCAGGACGACGCGCGCAUGAACCUCGCGAUAGCGCUGACGGCGGCGCGCCACGGGGCCACCAUCGCCAACCAUGUGGCCUGCGUGCAGCUGCACCGCAGCGGCGGCCGUCUGUGCGGGGCGCGGCUGCGGGAUGAAAUGUCCGGGAAGGAGUGGGACGUGAAAGCGAGGUGCAUCAUCAACGCGACCGGGCCGUUCACGGACAACAUCCGGAAGAUGGACGACCCGAACGUCAAAGAUAUCUGCUGCCCCUCCUCGGGUGUUCAUAUCGUGUUGCCGGGCUACUACAGCCCGGAGCACAUGGGCCUGCUGGACCCGGCGACGUCGGACGGGCGCGUGAUCUUCUUCCUGCCGUGGCUGAAGGGCACCAUCGCCGGCACCACCGACCUGCCGUGCGACGUGACCGCCAGCCCGCGGCCCACCGAGGACGAGAUCCUCUUCAUCCUGACCGAGGUCAAGAACUACCUGAACCCGGACGUGGAAGUGCGGCGCGGCGACGUGCUGUCGGCGUGGUCGGGCAUCCGGCCGCUGGUGUCGGACCCCAACAAGCCGGACACGCAGUCGCUGGCGCGCAACCACGUGGUGCACGUGGCGCGCUCCGGCCUCGUCACCGUCGCGGGCGGCAAGUGGACCACCUACCGCGCCAUGGCCGCCGAGACGAUCGACGCCGCCAUACGCAGUGCGGAUCUCAAGCCGCUGUACAGGGAGUGCCAGACGGACGGGUUCCUGAUAGAGGGCGCGCACGGCUGGACGCCGACGAUGUACAUCAGACUGGUGCAAGAUUUCGGAUUGGAAAUGGAGGUGGCGCAACACCUCGCGAAGUCGUACGGCGACCGAGCGUUCGCGGUGGCCAAGAUGGCCGCGAUGACCGGGAAGCGGUGGCCGAUCAUCGGGAAGAAGAUUCACCCCGAGUUUCCCUACAUCGACGCCGAGAUCCGGUACGGCGUGCGCGAGUACGCGUGCACGGCGGUGGACGUGCUGGCGCGGCGGCUGCGGCUGGCGUUCCUCAACGUGCAGGCGGCGGCCGAGGCGCUGCCCGCCGUCGCCGACAUCAUGGCCGAGGAGCUGCACUGGAGCGCCGCCGAGAAACAGAAACAAAUAAAAAUGGCGAGCGAGUUCCUGGCGAACGAGAUGGGCCAGAUGGUGAACCGCGCGAGCCGCGACAAGAUCCCGAUCAACCUUAGCAAGGACGAGAUCCAGACCUACAUUAAACGGUUCCAGAUAAUAGAUAAAGACAGGAAAGGCUUCGUCUCCAUCAACGACAUCAGGCGAAGUCUUAAGGUAUUUUUGAAAAACCACACCGUUCCCAUAGUCACAAUUUUUUUAUUUUAUUGAUUUGACGCGAAUGAGUCAAUAUUGUGGGUAAGGUAACGUUAAAACACGCCCCUAACUCUUAGGUAAUUUGACUAGGAUCGGCUUCCACCGUCUCUUUUAAUUCAUCGUUAUUCACCUGUGUAGACGGUCUUCCUCCUGGCUCGUUCUACAAGUCGAAGUUUCCAUCACGAAAGCGUUUAAACCAAAUCGCACGGUGCGUUCAUUAGCGGACCCCUCUCCAAACAACAUUGAUAUUGCGGCGUUACUUCCGCGUCGGUACUCGUAUUCAAAAAUCACUCGAAUUUUCGCAGUAUUCAAAGAUUUCUUAUAUAAGUUGAAUAAAAAAAAAAACAAUUGAAAGUCGAUAUUCAAAUCUUUCACAUUUUUUUUAAAGAGUUGUUAUGUCUAUGAUUUUCAUCAUAACAACAUAACACCAUGUGAAUAAAUUUUCUUUCGAAAAUCUCAAACCAUGAAGAUUCUAUGUCAAUUUAAGGAACCAAUUACAAUAAAAUGGCAAAUUCAUACUCUAGCAACACCU